AUGCUAAGAACCUGAACUUCCCUAAGUACUUGGAGCCAGGAAAGAAGUAUGAAGUGGCUUGUGCUCCUCGGGCUGCUGACCUCCUCAGAGUGCAUAGUCAUAAUACCUCUAACAAAAGUGAAGACCAUGAGAAAAACCCUCAGUGAAAAAAACAUGCUGAGCAAUUUCCUGAAGGAACAUGCUUACAGACUGUCCCAGAUUUCUUCUCGUGGCUCAAAUAUAACUAUUCAUCCCCUGAGGAACAUCAUGGAUAUGGUCUAUGUGGGUAAAAUCACCAUUGGAACACCCCCUCAGGAAUUCCAGGUUGUCUUUGACACAGGCUCAUCUGAGUUGUGGGUACCCUCCGUCUUUUGCACCAGCCCAACCUGUUCUACUCACAUUAGGUUCAGACAUCUUGAGUCUUCCACCUUCCGGCCUACCCAAAAGACCUUCAGCAUCACCUAUGGAUCUGGGAGCAUGAAGGGAUUUCUUGCUUAUGACACCGUUCGGAUUGGGGACCUUCUAAGUACUGAUCAGGAAUUCGGACUAAGCAUGGAAGAAUACGGGUUUGAGCAUCUACCUUUUGAUGGCGUCUUGGGCUUGAACUACCCUGACAUGUCCUUCAUAAGAACCAUCCCCAUCUUUGACAACCUCAAGAAUCAAGGUGCCUUUUCUGAGCCUGUUUUUGCCUUCUACUUGGGCAAGGCGAAGGGCAGUGUGGUGAUGUUUGGUGGGGUGGACCACCACUACUACAAGGGAGAGCUCAACUGGGUACCAUUGAUCCACGCAGGUGACUGGAGUGUACACAUGGACCGCAUCUCCAUGAAAAGAAAGGUUAUUGCUUGUUCUGGUGGCUGCGAGGCCCUUGUGGACACCGGAACAUCACUGAUCCUUGGCCCAAGAAGACUGGUCAAUAACAUCCAGAAGCUCAUCGGUGCCACGCCACGGGGUUCCGAGCACUACAUUUCAUGUUUUGCUGCCUAUACCCUGCCCUCUAUUAUCUUCACCAUCAACGGCAUCAACUACCCAGUGCCAGCUCGAGCCUACAUCCACAAGGAUUCUAGAGGCCACUGCUAUCCCACCUUUAAAGAGAACACAGUGAGUACAUCCACAGAGACCUGGAUCCUGGGUGACGUCUUCCUGAGGCUGUAUUUCUCAGUUUUUGAUCGAGGAAAUGACAGGAUUGGCCUGGCACAGGCAGUGUAAAUGCUUGGAGUGGUUCAGGAAUCAGUAAGGCCGCUCCUAACACACACUCACUCACACUUUGAGCACUCCUGCCCAGGAUGCUGGUAAACUGUACUUGGUGGUCUGCACACCCUAUUCUCAGGAAAGAAUAAAGGGUUUCACUCUUAA